CCACGGAUGCACGAAGCGCAAUGCGCCGCGAAUAGAUAUGGAGUGGUGGAAGCAAGGAGAAAGAGGCGAAAAAAAGUUCUCUUUCUAGGUGAUGUGCGACGAUCGACGAGUGCGACGAAUAUCUAUGCGACGACUCAAUGGAUUCGCGAUCUGCAAAGAUAGUGAGAGAUACUUAUGCAGGCGAGAUUGCCAUGUGGAUUAUGGCUAUUUGUCUGUCUGUGGGCGUGGAUUCAUGGAUAAUUCUUUUUUCUUUCUCAAGUCCGAUUUUGGACGGGCAGAUUUAUACUUUGCUUUUCUUGUGCCCUGUGGACCUUGUACUAUAGGUUGUUUGUCGUACUUCUUAUAUUUAAACUUUUGGAGACAUCAGAUAACUCGAUUGCGUGGCUCUGAGUAAGCUCUGGUCUUUUACCAUCGCGCUGUCUGCGUAAGACGCUGAAUUUUCAAUAAUCGAGAAUCUAAACCAUGCAAGUGCUCGUGACAAUGUAAAGAGAACGAUAAAAAAGGGGGGGGACUAAAAUAAAAGAAAAGAAAAAGAAAAUAACAAGAAUGAAAAGACAAUUUCCAAAAAAAAAAAAGAG